GACUAUGAACAAAAAUUUCCGGAAGAUAAACAGUACGAGGAACUGGGUCCGUUUGCUAGAGUAUGGCGGACAUACCUUGAAGAGUGUGCUGCAUUUGACACAGAGAUGUUGGAUGAAUGGAGGGAUGGACUAGAUGUUUUCCUGGUUUUCGCUGGUCUCUUCUCCGCCGUGGUCACUACGUUCGUUGCUCAGACAUCGCAGAGCCUUCAAGUCGACUACGGUCAAGUCACGGCGACACUUGUGUACGAGCUCAUCGACGUCCAGCGCGCGGCGGCCAAUGGCUCCUCCAUGAACGACGUUCCCCGUUCAGACCUUACUCCGUUUUCGACAUUUAGUCCCACGACAUCUGAUGUGUUAGUCAACGGACUGUGGUUUACCAGUCUCUCAUUCAGUUUGACAACCGCACUAUUUGCUGUCCUUACAAAACAAUGGAUUCACCAGUAUGUCACCGUUCCGUUGGGGACACCUCGGGACAAGUGCCGUGUACGUCAAUUCCGGUACAUGGGGCUCCAGCAGUGGAGUGUGGGUCUCAUCAUUGGGUUGUUACCUGUUCUCUUGAGCGCGUCAGUUGGAGUGUUUUUUCUGGGUCUGGUUAUUUUUUUAGUCCCGCUGAACGUGUCGAUUGCGUACGUCGUCGGGAUCAUCGCCUCUGUGUCCUUCGCUGCGUAUUUCAUCACCAAUUUCCUUCCGAUUUGGUACCCUUCAUGCCCGUACAAGACCCCAUUGUCGCAUUAUGUGUUCCUUCUCUAUGCCUACCUCGCUCACCUCAUAUCCCCGGUCCCUUACGAGUCAUCAUCGUCGGAGCCUCAGGCCAUCCACUCACUGCGAGACGUUGAGUUUGUAGUUGUGGAGUCCUGUGCGGAUGACAUCGAUGUACGAGCCUUAACCUGGUUGUUCGGCAUGUCCUCCAACCCUAGUGUACAGAGCAUUGUUGUACAAUCGACCAGUGCUUUACCGCUGAGGUCAGUGAAGUCUCUAAAACAACACGCAAAGGGAAUUUUGGACAUGCAAUACCCUCUCUGA